AUGAACAAGAGUGCGCAAGGGGAGGGUGAGACGGCACAGUCGGUAGAAGAGGCUGACGCGCUGGCGAGGAGUCGGAAAAAAGUGAGAACAGGCGAUGCGGUAGUGGUGUACGGACGUCCGGUGGUCCCACGUGAGGAGGAGUGGAUGACUGAUGAUACGGGGCCUAUGGAGUCAGAGACUCCAAGGAAAUCGUACCGUGAAGCGUGUGCGAAUACUGAUGGGCUGAGCAGUGAAGAUGAGGAGGAAGAGGGAUGGUGGUUCGAUGAGGGGUGGCGAAGAAGACUGAAAGUCGAGAACACGAACAGGGGACCCAAUGUAAUUGUGUUACCUGAGUUCAAAAAGAAGCUUGCGAGGAAGUGGAGACUCACGCUAUUCGUUAGAUUGUUAGGACGGAUGGUUCGUGAAGACUAUCUAGGAAUGAAACUACAGCAGAUUUGGGGGCAUAAUGGUGAUGUCGAGACGUUGGAGUUUGGUGCAGGAUACUUCAUUGUUAAUUUCAAACAUCAAGAUGACUAUGAGUUCGCAUUAACUGGUGGACCAUGGCUCAUACUGGACCACUACCUAGCAGUGCAACCAUGGAAGCCAGACUUUGAUCCUAUUGAGGAGGAAGUUUCGAAGAUUGCAGCUUGGGUGAGGAUUCCGCAGUUCCCUUUGGAUUAUUAUGAUCUGGGUGUUCUCUAUGUAGUUGGUAAUCAAAUCGGUCGAGUUCUGCGUGUAGACAGAAAUACUGAACAUCGGUCAAAGGCACGCUUUGCAAGACUUUGCGUUGAGCUAGACCUUCAAAAGCCAUUACUACCAGCUAUUUUGAUCAAUGGAAAAGAGAAGAAAAUCGUGUAUGAAGGGUUGCACCUUAUAUGCUUUGGUUGUGGCAAGUACGGUCAUGACCAAGACCACUGUCCUAGUCGUCCCGAUGAGAGCUGUGGUCAAGGCAAAGAUAGUCGUAAUACAGGAGCUAAACCCACGACGGCGCCGUCAUACCCAGAACGAGAGAAAGGCACACCGUAUGGUGGUUGGAUGGUGCAGGCGUCUCGCCGCAAUCAGCGGCGCCAGUUUCGGUUUCCAAAUCGCAGAAGCCCCGAUAAUCAAGAGGUUCAAGGUGCUGAAAAUCAGGGGAAUAGUAAUCAAGGAGGAAUGGGAUCCCGAUUCUCAGCCUUAUCGACGGAAGAAGAUAAUGUAUCACAGAAUGAGAAUCACGUAAGGAUGUUGGGCAAUCAGAUGCAUGAUACUACUAAUGAUUUGAAAGCUAAAAAUAAGGGGAGCAAAUCACGUGGAAUACCAGUGGGACCCAAAUCAAGGGCUAUAAGUGGGAUUGCCCCUAAAGAAAAAGAUACGGGCCGUAAUAAAGCAAAAGUUAGCCCAAUGGAGGAGUACACACGGGUCAGAGCACAAGUGGACUUGUCUAAGGAAAAUAUCAGGAGUAUGGCUUCAUCGUCUUUAGCCUUAGUACCUGUCAUGUCCGAUAUUUCAAAGGUCCACGCUACACACAUGGAGACCAAGUCCCACGCAAUUAUUCCCUACCAAGAAAUUGCCUCGUCAUCGGUUAAUCCGGUGGCAAGUAAUCCCAUUGACCCAGGUGCAGAAGCAGGGGAGGGGUGCAUUAUUCGUUCAAAUCUGUUGUUAGAAGGUGGAACUGAGGAUACUGUCGUGCUCGAUGCGGCAACAGGCGAGGCCAAUAAGGAAAUUGUGGACACCCGAGGUUUUGGUGGUGGGAUCUGGGUGUUCUGGAGUGAUUCUUUUGAGUUCUCAGUGGACUAUAAAACGGAAUACUUCAUGCAUGGUACAGUAAAUAGAGGUAAAAAUGAUGAGUGGGCUCUUACCAUAGUAUAUGGGGACCCGAGAUACUGUAAACGUCAUUUCCUUUGGCAAGGACUCCAAGAUUUAACUCGUGUCAUUUCAGGUCAUUGGGUUGUGGCCGGUGAUUUCAAUGCUACUCUUCUCCAGGAGGAUCGUCAAACACCGACAGGUAGAUAUGUGCCUCCUGAGACAGCCUUUCGUAGAUGGGUAAUGGCUAGUGAUAUGCGAGAUAUUGGGUUUAGCGGACCCAAGUUUACUUGGCAUAGGGGAGCUAGUGCUAGCCGUAUUGAUCGGGUUCUAGUGAACUAUCAAUAG